AUGGGCUCCAUCCCCAACUACGACGACUCUGGCGUCCUCGACGUCCUCAUUGUCGGCGCCGGCAUUUCGGGCAUCAACGUCGCAUACCGCCUCACCGACGAGUGCCCUGACAAGAAGUUCCUCAUCGUCGAGAACCGUGACACCCUCGGCGGCACCUGGGACCUCUUCAAGUACCCCGGCAUCCGAUCCGACUCUGACCUUCACACGUUCGGCUACGCCUUCAAGGCGUGGGAGGGCGCCGACAUUGCCUCGGGCGAGUCGAUCAAGGCCUACCUCAAGCAGGUCUCGGACGAAAACGGCAUCACCGAAAAGACGCGCUACAGCACAAAGGUGACGAGCGCCAACUUUUCGACAGAGGAGCGAUGCUGGAACGUCGAGCUCGACCACCGCGGCCAGAAGUCCGAGGUCCGCUCCCGCUUCCUCUUCCUCGCCACCGGCUACUACGACUACAACCAGCCGCUCAAGGCCGAGAUCCCCGGCAUCAGCAACUUUGGCGGCAAGGUCGUCCACCCGCAGUUCUGGGAUCUCACCGAGGCCGACUACACCGACAAGCGCGUCGUCGUCAUUGGCAGCGGCGCCACCGCCAUCACCCUCCUCCCCUCGAUGGCCGAAAAGACCAAGGACAUCACCAUGCUCCAGCGCAGCCCGUCGUACAUCGUCUCGCUGGACAAGUUUGACCCCAUCGCAAAGUGGAUCCGCCGGCUGCUGCCCGCCUCGAUCGCCGCCAAGGUCAUCCGCCAGAAGAACAUUGCGCGCAUCUACGCCAGCUACCACGUCUUCCGCACCUUCCCUGGCAUCGCCAAGCGCAUCCUCGGCGCCAUGACCAAGAGCCAGCUGCCCAAGAGCGUGCCCCUCGACCCGCACUUUAAGCCGAGCUACAACCCCUGGGACCAGCGCCUCUGCAUCUGCCCGGACGGCGACUUUUACCAGUCGCUCCGCUCCGGCAAGGCGCACAUUGUCACGGGCCACAUUGCCGAGGUCAAGAAGGACGAGAUUGUGCUCAAGGACGGCCAGCGCCUGCCCGCCGACAUCAUCGUCACCGCCACGGGCCUAAAGCUGGCCAUCGGCGGCAACAUUGACAUGCAGGUCGACGGCAAGCGCGUCGACGCAUCCAACCGCUACGUCUGGAAGGGCGCCAUGCUCGAGGGCGUGCCCAACAUGGCCCUCUCGAUUGGCUACACCAACGCCAGCUGGACGCUCGGCAGCGACUGCACCGCCAUGUACCUCUGCCGCCUGCUUAAGCACCUCGACACGCACCACCAGACGCUCGUCGUGCCCGAGCCAAAGCAGCGCGAGCAGCUCAAGCAGGGCCCCCUCCUCAACCUCAACUCGACCUACGUCGUCAAGGCCUCCGACGACCUGCCCAAGGCGGCCACGUCGGGCCCCUUCCGGAUGAGGACAAACUACUGGUACGACCUCCUCGACGCAAAGUACGGCAGCUACAGCGAGCUCAAGUUCAGGUAG